UCCGCCGUCGCCACCACAGCCUACCGCCUACCGCCUACCGCCUACCGCCACCUCCAUCACUUCUACCACUUCCUCCUCUUCUAGAAAUGGAAAGCGCUGAGAACAACAAAGCACCGGGGGCUACUGUUUCACCUCCUCUUCCGUUUUCUCCAACUUCUUCUUCUAAUUCAGGUCUCCCCCGGUCUCCUCCUGCCCUUGUCGUUCUCAGCCCUUGUGCUGCCUGCAAAAUACUCCGCCGGCGAUGCGCCGAUAAAUGUGUUUUGGCUCCAUACUUUCCUCCCACCGAGCCCCUCAAAUUCACCAUUGCCCACAGAGUCUUCGGAGCUAGCAACAUUAUCAAGCUCUUGCAGGAUCUCCCGGAAUCCCAGAGAGCGGAUGCUGUGAGCAGCAUGGUGUAUGAAGCAAAUGCGAGAAUUCGGGACCCCGUGUAUGGAUGUGCUGGCGCAAUUUGUCACCUUCAGAAACAAGUGAGUGAGCUGCAGGCACAAUUGGCUAAGGCCCAAGCGGAUGUCAUCAACAUGCAAUGCCAGCAAGACAACUUAGUGGCCAUACUUUGCAUGGACUUUCAGCAGCAGCAGCAGCAGCAGCCACAAUAUCAGCAACAACAACCAUUUGAGUUCAAUGGGAGCUUCUUCCUUGAGGAUGGCAAUCUUGUCAUGGAGCCUCUGUGGACAUGAUCAUAAAAAGUGAUCCUGAGAGAAAGUUCAGAGUAUGACUCCAAAGUGGGGAUAAUGAGAUGAUGUAGAAUAUACUUAAAAACAAAUUAGAAUAAGAAAAAGAUGGGACAACAUGUUGUUUCAUUAGUCAUAUUGAUGGGGAAAGGUGGUUGAAAAAAAAGGGAAAUGGGUUAAUGUGCCUUACCUGCAUUCUUCCUACCUAUAAUCUUCCCCAAAGACCAUCUCAUUAGGAAAAGAAAUUAAAGAGCAAGAUCAGCAGAAAAAUAAACUCGAUGGGAUUUGAAAAAGAAAAAGACAAGAGAGUAGAAAUGGAGCUGUCUUUAUUAUUAAGUACUUCUGCCUUAAAUGAAAAUGCAACUUUUUGGUGAACUAAUUUCAUCUUGUAACCAGAAAAAUGUAAUUUUCAUGGGUUCCUUGACCAAACUGUAGAUGUGUUGAGGUUUCCCUUUGAUUUUUAUUAUCAUGGAGACAAAGUUGCAACUUAUGGUUUGAGUAAUUAUACUACUUUUUUGAGGAAUAGACUGAUGAUCUUUUGUA